GGGCGAUCGUCCUUGGAACGCCCUGUAAUAAUAAUACUCACAGCCCUCGCCAUGCCGAUCAGAGCCAGGGAACACGCCGUAGACUGUCAGUACUUAAAUACUACGGUGGAACAAGCAUCAGAGGUUACACUGCUCUCUGUUGCUACUCAUAAGGAUCGCAUUCACUACCAGGACAGGUUUCUUUACGGUGGUAGUCAUUCAGGAUAAUACUGCUCAGGCGUCUGGCCACUCUCCGCAUUUGUGCCUUCAUUUCGCGGUCAACUUCGCGCGUUUCCAUCUUCUUCCCCCUAUUCUGCUACUGAAUCUGCUUCUAUCCCUUCAUCCAUUUCUGCUUCCAGUCCUGCCAUAAUCAUGCCUGUUGGAUCGGUUCUUGUUACUGGAGGAACCGGUUACAUCGGUUCCUUCACCGUUCUCGCACUUCUCCAGGCUGGUUACAAGGUCGUAGUCGUCGACAACCUGUACAAUUCCUUCGUCGAAGCUUUGCACCGCGUUGAAUUAAUCUGCGGCAAGAAAGCCGAGUUUGUCAAGUUGGACAUCACCGAUGAGGCGGCCUUGGAUAAGGUGUUUGAGGCGCAUCCCGACAUUGAUAAUGUGAUUCACUUUGCUGCAUUGAAGGCCGUCGGAGAAUCCACCGAGAUACCCCUCGAGUACUACCGUGUCAAUGUUGUCGGCACGCUCUGCCUCCUGCGCUCCAUGGUCAAGCACAAUGUGACCAACAUUGUUUUCUCCAGCUCUGCCACCGUCUACGGCGAUGCCACCCGUUUCCCCAACAUGAUACCCAUUCCCGAGAUCUGCCCUCUGGGCCCAACGAACCCGUACGGAAACACAAAGAUGGGCGUUGAGAACGCCAUCACGGAUGUGAUCAAUGCGCAGCGCAGUAAUGCGCGCAAGGCAGGUAAGCCGAAGGAGGAGAUCGACAAAUGGAACGCGGCGCUUCUGAGAUACUUCAACCCCGCUGGUGCCCAUCCCAGUGGAAUCAUGGGUGAGGACCCGCAGGGUGUACCGUAUAACCUGUUGCCAUUAUUGGCGCAAGUUGCUACUGGCAAGAGGGAAAAGCUUCUUGUUUUUGGAGAUGAUUACGCCUCCCACGACGGCACGGCUAUCAGAGAUUACAUUCACAUCCUUGACUUGGCGGACGGUCACCUUAAAGCUCUCGACUACCUCCGCACUCACAACCCGGGUGUCCGCGCCUGGAACCUCGGAACCGGCCGGGGCAGCACUGUCUUCGAGAUGGUCCAUGCCUUUUCUGCUGCCGUCGGCAGGGAUCUCCCUUACGAAAUUGCUCCCCGUCGUGACGGUGACGUGCUCAACCUGACUUCCAACCCGACCAGAGCUAACGAGGAGCUUGGCUGGAAGGCCGAGCGGACCCUCGAACAAGCAUGCGAGGAUCUCUGGCUCUGGACGAAGAACAACCCGCAGGGAUACAGGCAAGAUCCUCCGGCGGAGUUGCUAGAGAAGUUGAAGAACUAAGAAAGGACGUUAAUAGUCGUUGGGAAGCGACAAAAUAAUAAAUAGAAUGAAUGCAUUUCAGGCAAUAUUAUUUCUUUUUG